AGCAGUACUACAGCGCACACACAGUUUGUUCUUGUGAAAAUUGAGUGUGGAAGCAGUAACCCAAGCGCUUUGCUGGCUGUUUAUAACUGCUGGAUAAAAUACAGAGGCCUGCGGGGAAAUCAGCGAUACAACAGCAGAGCUUUAUAAAAAGUGAACGAGUCAUCUCGGUUCCAACAUUCCACCAUUUGUUCUUGUCGUCAGCAGCUUGAUUUCUCUCAUCCUGCUGCAUCAGUUUAUUUAUUUUAAGAUCUCAGCUGAAUUUAGCAAAAACAGAAACAAAAGAUGAGUUUUUUUGGCACUCCAACGUAUGCGUCGAGCUCGGGUGGUGCUCAAGAUCAGCAAAGCGGACGAGACGACAUGCUGGCAUCUCUAUUGCACACCCUUGAUCCAGAUGCCGUUGCUGUUCAGCAGGACAACGUGAAUUUGAGGAUGUUGCCCCAAGGAAAGGAAGCCUUUGCACCAGAUCAGGACUUGUACUCGCAGAAAAUGCAGAUGCAGAAGGCACAGACGCAGAAAAAAAUCCAAGCACAGAAUAUGCAGCUCAACAAAGCUCUAUGUGCUGGAAACCAAGGGCAGAAUACAGCGAUAAUAACUUCUUCUGACGGCAGCAAUACUGUGGAGCACGUGAAAGUUGCGCCCUUUCAGUUUCAAGCAGAUCUGUCUAGAAAAGUGAUGCGAGAACGACGUGAAAGACAGGAGAUUGUCAAAGAAAACCUUCGGAAAGGUGCUAUCCGUCGGAUGGCACGCCGUGGAGGCGUACGACGGGUUUCGAAGCUUAUGUAUGUUAUGACAAAACUAACUCAGAGUAAGUAAGUUGUACACUCACUAGUUCUUUAUCUACUUCUACCUGAUCCUUUCUCCACCUACACCCUCCUCAUCCUCUAACUCUCACGAAUGUCGUGAAGCCUUCGGCAGUUUCCUUCAGGCGGUUCUGAAAGAUGUUCUUGCUUAUGCUCGUCACGGUCGAAGAAAGACUGCACGUUCCCGUGACAUCCUCGCAGCACUGAAAAGACAGGGAACGACUUUAUACGGUUUUGGGCCUGCGCGUUGAGGUCGUGGAUUCAUUGUUGGAGAAGAGGUGCUAAAAAUGUUCUUGACUUCGCUGAAGAUGGAAGUCACUCCCAUCCCCAACAGAAUAAUCGAAACGUAAUGAAAAAAAAUGAAUCUGAAGUUUUGCUAUUUGGAUGCAACAUUUCAUCACCACCGUUCUACGGCUGGUGGUCUCUGUUCACUUGGGAAGUACAAUACCGGCACUGCGUUAUUCAGCAAUGUUGAAGCAAACUGUGGAACCAAUCUUGGUUGUGCUCCAAAAAGGGAUCGCUUAGCUGCAAAUGUCUGGAGUCAUGGCCCCUGAAAUCAAGCCAGAAAUCUUCUAAUUCUAAUUCUAAUUCUAAGUUUCUUCUGAUUUAGAUUUCUAUUUCUUCGAGUUGAAUAUAGUUAGUUGUCACGAAAACGAUAGGAUGGGGGGCUUCCCGUCUCUUGUUGCCAAAGUUUCGGUUGCGCAGGAAUUUGCGAACUUCGAAAAAGCCGCACGCAGCUGGUUUAGUUCAACUCACGGCGGUCAACUUGUUCCAGUUGAGGAGGAUGAAUUAGUAAACAGAAAAAUCAUUCCUGCGUACCACAAAA